AUGGUGGCUCCUCUUCCUCGCGAUCCGUCGGAUCCCACCUGUCUCGACCUCGAACGCAUGCCUUCGAGCCUCAGCACGGAUGGCAACUUCCGCCAUCAAACAUCGGAGCCAUUCCAAUGGGUUGAUGAUGCCAAGGACUCGGACGAUGACUUCCUUACAUCAGACACUUCAGGUCCAGGUACGCCUUCCAACGCAAUCAUCAGCGGUCCUGCACCACUCCUUGUAGCCUACUGCGGCACGGAACCAAGACACGUAGCCAUCACUUGCGGCGUUCGAGCUUGGACCAAACACCAAGCCUAUGGCGCCAGUGACGCCCUCAUCAAAUAUGCCACCGCCUCUCCACUUCUGCCUCAGCAGGUCGCUGAAAUGGUUUCCAACCUCUCCGUCAUAGCUCGCGUCUCGCUCAAGGCUGCCGCUUUCUUCAUCGAGAUCAUCCUCGAGGCGGUCAAGAACAGCACAGGCUUCUCGCUUGGCAUCACUCGUCGAGCCCUCAUCAAUGCUGUAGGGACCGCAAGAGCCGUUCAUUCGCUCACGUCAGGCCAGGUUUGGGAUGCAAAGACCACAGGGAGGUCAGGAACAACAGCUGGUCCCUCCUUUCUCAGCAUCCUCGACAAAUAUACAGCAGUCGGCAUCUAUCUCAUUCACCACACCUUCACGUUGGCAGAGCUCUUUGCCAUGGGCUCAUUCCAGCUGGUGGGCACCACUCUCACUGCAGGCAUUGCUGUCGCUGACGAGUCGGUGCGGACUAUCGACGGUAUUUUUGGCUCCAACGAGACUUCUCGUGCGCUUGCUUCUUUUAUCAGCCUCGUACGCGGAGAGGUCAACAACGAUCCACGCUUUGCCAACGACAAUAUGCUCUCCCUCCUCAACAAGCUCACCAAAGCGGUCACCGCCUUUGCUGUCUUGCAGAAUUCGACCUACAAGCGCAGCGCGAAAAGCAUGAAGAUGCGCGUCGUCUACGACUGCACUGUGCUCGGCGAAGUCGAGGCGAAAAGCUGGCGCUCCCUCAUGGUCGGAUCAGGCAACUUUAUCCGCAGUCGUCCGGCCGCAUUGCUCGCGUCCGCUGCCGAGGGGCUCGAGACGCUGUCCCUCAUGUCGCCACCCCGCAGAACGGCGUCGCUACUCGAUCCAUCAGAACAAGCACUCAAGAGCUCCGCUAGCGGUAUGUAUCUGCCUUCUUCUCGGUCCAGGGGCUUUCUUGGUGACGGUCUCUGCCUGACCGACAUCGACCCUUCGACAUCUCAGCGCACUGCUUGGAAGCCCAGUCGAGCGACAUCGAUGGCUGGAGACUCUGACAUGGAGGUCGAUGACGCAGAUGACGCCUCUUUGAUCGCAGACCUCAACUUUCUCGUCGGUGAUGAUGGUGAUGCCUCCAUCUCAUCCAACCUCACCGACGAUCAGCUUCCUGCUCAUCUUCGCCAACAACUUCAGCAAUAUACCGACGACCAGCUUCGCGAUGGAGUCGUACUGCCAGAGGCGUCCUCCAUGCCAAAACAACACUUCCGCCGGAUACGCAAGACCAAUCGAACAGACGGCAAUCGAGAAACCGUAUACGAGAUCACAACGGAAGUCAUCGAGACCAUCGAGACCGUCACCACUGUCGAACAGACAAGCAUGUCGCCAAGGUCACCUAGCCUCUCGAGCAGAUUGGCAGGAGAACCCUUCUCGGAUAGUAAGGAGACUCGCAACCUCCCGAUGCCCAGCCCAGGCAUGCUACAGCGUCAAGUGACCUGCUCCAAGAGCGGCAUAGAGACACGUUCGGUUUUCGAGGACCGCAUCGAGAGCAACCUUCAAGAAGAUGAAGAAUGGUGCGAGAUACGUACGAAGCCAAACUUCAGCCCGGACGCUGAAGUCUGUCGAGAACAACCAUCUCUCCUUCUCGCACCGGCUGGUAGUGCCGCGGAAGGCAAGUAUGAGUUGACGAUCCCUGAAGCACGAAAUGGUCAUCAGGAAAUCGCAGACGGCAAGAACAGCGGCGCAUCAAAGAUGCCCGUGGUCCUCAAGACAAUCACCAAGAAGCUGAUCCAGAGACGCAAGACCAUUCGAAAGAUCGAAGUCGACGAGACAGACGACGACUUGGUUGAUGCGGCAUCCCGAGCCGAUUCGACGCUGUCACCUGUUGGCUCACGAAAAGUCAUUCGGCGAUCAAGGAGCCCGGGGUCGACAAACAUCUCCGCUGCUCCUCCGGUCAGUCCCAUUCUUACUGCUAUCCACGCAUCAAUGGACUCGACAGACAUCUUGGUAGACAGCAAGCAAGGGCAGAGCAAUGAGGAAGCCAGCCGAGAAGUCGCGAAUGGCAAAGGCCCAGGUCUGGGACGCGGAAUCAGCAAGGUCCUUAAACGUGCCAAACAGCCCUUCAAAGGCGAACAUCACUCAGAAGCAGGGAUCGAUUCGACUCCGCAGUCGCGAGAGCGCCGUGUUGCUCCGCUGUCGAGCAUACAUCUGAAUGCGCCCACAGGCACAAGCAGCUCCCUUCGGGCGACGCCAUCCAUGCUUGCAGCACCCUUGUCCUCACCCGGAAAGUCCAAGUGCAUUCCGCAAGUGACCUCGGAAUCAGAGGCUAUGGUGACGAAGCGAAGGAUAGGUGGAGCCGUUUUCAACAUGACGAGUCCUCGUACAGUCAUGAAGGAGCGACCGUCCAUUUCGCAGCGAGGCGCUUCGCAGCACACCCUGUUCCAGACCGACUUGGACAUGACAGCCUUUGUCCCUCCGACACCGAGAGGAUCGAUACGCGAAAGCAAGCGUCGCAGUCGAGCGCCGUCCAUCACUUCGAUGCGCUCCUUUGCCUCGCGCACACAAGUGUCCAGCCUGGCGGCCCCCGACGACAUCGACAACGGCAAGCACGGUCACGAUCCAACAGCGUUCCCACGAGCUCACUUGGUCGAAAACCUUCGCCGCUUCAUGCGAUACUCAUCCGCAGCGUACGGUCAGAACUUUAUGCGAAUCCUCGGCAUCGGGAGUCUGGACUACUUCUUCCCAGACACGAGCAAGCAUCACGCCAACGUCUGGGCAUUUGCUCAUCACGUCGGCAUCCCAGUCGACUGCAUUCUCCUUAACAGCUUUUCCGAGGCCCAGCCACUGUUCACGGAGCAAAUGUCUCCGCUCGUCAACUACGUCGCUGUCGAUGAUGCGGCUCAAGCAGUGGUGCUGACCUGUCGUGGCACGAUGGGUCUCAGCGAUAUUCUGACGGAUCUGACGUGCGACUUCGAGACCAUCGCCGUGGAAGGAGGAAGAUCAGACAAGCAAUACCAGGUACACUCGGGGAUGCUUGCGAGCACGCGCAGGCUAUGCAACGAAAACAGCACAGUCAUGCAAACACUUCGGCUCGCUUUGGAGGACAAUCCGGACUACGGUCUCGUCCUCACGGGACACUCGCUAGGUGGCGGAGUAGCAGCGCUCGCAGCUGUAGAGCUGAGUUGCCCAGCGGAUCUCUUCCGACAGCAAGUCUUGCGUCGAAGGGCACAACAUGGCAAAACGGCUCAACAUCCUAAGAUCCACACGCCAUUCGUUACCUCGCUCGAUAGCGGACUGCCACCUGGUCGGCCCAUUCACGCUUACGCGUACGGCGUGCCGGCUGUGGCUUCUCCGGACUUAUCGGCACACUGCAAGGGACUGGUCACCAGCAUCAUUCACGGUCAUGAUUUUGUGCCGACACUCUCACUCGGCAUGGUGCGCGACUUCAAGAACAUUGCACAUGCCUUAAGCGUGGAGAGCGACUCGGAUGUAGCCCGCGAGAUCAUCACGCGUGUGAUCGGCACGUACCGGAAACGAUCGGCCCUUCGCUCGACUCUCGGAUUCAAGCAAAAGACACCGGAGCACCUCGCCUCUCUAGAGCCGCCUAGACCGCAGGAGAUCCCGCUCGCAGAAAGAGAAGUGCAGCUGAGCCGCGAAGAGCUGAUCAAGGGAAAGACACGCAAUCUCGCCACCGACUCCAACUACACCGAUCCGAAUCUGAAGGAAGACGAGCUAGAUCCCUUCUCCUACUCUUCUGGCGGCGGACAGGUGCGGACCUCCCCCUCAACACCGCAACUGUCCGGACAGCAGGGUGGAGGAGACGUCGAAUUGGCGGACUGGCUCUGGUCGCUCAUCAAGACGAUCCGUGCCGACAUGGACUCGGACAAGCUCUACCCGCCCGGCGACGUGUACUGCAUCGAAAGCUUUGCCGUCUUUGUCACGCCGUCGAUGAGUCCUGACAGCGACAUCGUCUUCGACCGGUCCAAAGAGUCUCAGGGCGAACGGAGAGCCGAGGCGCACCGUGUCAUCCUGCGAUACUGCGAGGAUGUGGUCAAGCGGUUUUCCGAGCCCAUCUUCGCCAAGAGCAUGUUGCGCGAUCAUAUACCCACCAACUACGAGCUGUGCAUGAGCUUGCUCUACGAGAGCGUGAUCGAUUCGAAGGAAGGAUAG